CCACGUAAACACCCACAACAAAUAAUUGUCUGAUUUGAUAACACUAUUGAUUUGCAUACGAUUAUUACAUCACAAGACUGUGACAGUUCAUCCAUAGAAAAUGCCUGGUAAAAUGGGUUCUGCGAUGGCAACUGGUCCAGCAGUUGCAUGCAUGAAAACCUUAUUAAUGGUUUUCAACUUCUUAUUUUGGGUAACUGGUAUAGCCAUUCUAGCUUUAGGAAUAUGGACAAAAGUAGAUUUGUAUAAAUAUAUGGAACUGUCAUCCAUAUACUACAAAGAAUCGCCAUACAUUCUGAUAGGAGUUGGUGUGGCCAUAGUGGUAGUUGGAUCCUUGGGAUGUUGCUGCACAAUUAAAGGAAAUACUAUACUCUUAUAUACGUAUGCUGCAUUCCUUAUUGUUAUAUUUGUUGUAAUGCUUUCCACUGGAGCAGCUGGAUUUGCCUACAAGGGAAAGCUGGAAAAAGGAUUUAGAGAUGGACUAAAGAAUGCACUGAGACAGUAUGGCAAUGAUACAGAAAUCUCUAAAGGCAUGGAUGAUCUCCAACAAAAGUUGAAGUGUUGUGGAAGUGAUGAUUACACAGACUGGUUUACCACAACUUUUGCAGGCGGAGAAAAAAAAGUACCAACUUCAUGCUGCAUAGAUGGAAAAAGUACCUGCCAACAUACAAACUUGCCAGAUCUUCCACCAACUAAUGCCACUUUAGAAAUUUACACAAAGGGAUGUUAUGGUACGGUGUUGGACUUUAUGCAGGGUAACAUGGCAAUAAUUGGUGGUGUGGCUCUAGGAAUAUCCUUCCUGCAGUUAUUUGGUGCUCUGUUUGCCUGUUGUCUUGCUAAGAAUAUAAAUAAAUCCAAGUAUGAACAAGUGGCAUGAAGCAGAUAGAUUUACUCAAACCUUUUUAUGUAUGUUCUGUAUUGUUACAUUUUGUGCAGAUCUGUUGUCUGUUAUGCUGUCUAGAGAUUUAAAUUUGUUACAUGCACUUUUACUGAAGAUUUAUUGACUUCUGGAUGUUAGUUAAAAUAUCUUAAAGAAGAAAUUGUAUUUCAUUUGUAGAUAAAAUUCGUUUUUUACUAUUAAAAUUCAAAUCAAAGUAAUAUUGGCAUUAAAGGAUACAAUUAUUUUUACCCACAUUAAGUAUUUAAUAAUUCUUAUAAAUCUGAUAAGCCAAAAUGGAUAAUCUAAUAACAAAGUUUUAAAUUGAAAAAUCUUUAUUAUUUGGGCAAUACACAAUUUGAGCUUCUUUUGUUUCAACGUAAAUCAAAGUUUGGAAGUCGAAAUUAUGUUUCUUUCUAAAAGACCUGUGCUAUAUGUAGUGCAGAAUUCUGUUUUUAUUAUUUCACCAUUUGUUAAUCAUAGGAUACAGUCAUGUAGUACUGUUUUAGGGUAAAUUUUUUAGACAAUUUUCUCACAAAAUAAUUGUUUGUUAGGGAGAUUUAUCAAAUGCUGUGUAAAAUCAUCAGGCAUUCUCACAUUUAUUAAUGUCAUUACAUCAGCAGAACUAGAAAAUGGAAAGGUAAUUUAAAGACAUAUUUGAAUUUCAACCAAUUAAAAGUAGACAUAUUUGAAUUUCAACCAAUUAAAAGUAGACAUAUUUGAAUUACAACCAAUUAAAAGCUGAGAACUGAAAAAGCAGUAGAGUAUAAAUCUACUUAGAGAACUUUUAAUAUUUAUACAUUGUCAUUGUAACAAAACUUUAUCAUACUUUGAAAGUAUCGAAUAUGAAAUUGAAAAUUAUUCCAAUUUAAUAGUCUGUGAUAUUUUAAGAGAAAUACUAAUUUGUCAGAAUAUCUAUAUUGUUGAUUUUUUCUUUGAGAGUUUAUGGUUGAAAAAAUACUGUUAUUUGUUUAAGCAUUACCUAUUCUACACAAUCAUUGUUGUAAAUCUAUGUUUUAGCAUAAUUUUAAUGCAAUUGUUAAUUAUUUUUUAUGCUAUUAUUGUUUAUACUGUUCAUGGUUUUGUAUUUUUUUUUUUUACAAAAGCCUAAUAAUCUAUCAGCAGGAUUGGAAAUUUAAUCAAAUUAUAUUUUUUUAAUUUUUGUUAUUUAAUUUCAUUAAAAUAUAUUUUUAUGUUGAUUUAAAAAAAAAAUGGUUAUGUUUAUAUUCAACUUUUCGAUAAUGGAAUGAAAAUAAAAUUAAGAGGCUAGUUUACAUUUAAUACUCAUUCAUUUUAGCAUCUGAAAGUUAGUAUUUAAAGAUAGAAAAUUUAUUGGAUUAUUAUCAAAAUCAUUUUGAAUUAUUAACAAUUAUUAUACUUCAUAUAUGAUUUAUACUUAUGAGGUAAGAGCUUAAUAUAUGUAACCCAUGAAGUGUAAAAACAGUCUGUUUACUAUCAUGUAGUCUGUGAAAUCUCUGCAAUAGUUAAAAUCAUUUACAAAUUGAUAACUUAAAGAGUUUUUUGGUCAUUGUUAAGAUUAGAAUUACUUCUAUGUUAUUUUCAUGUAGUUCUUGCAUGAAUUGGUUAAACUGUGAAUAUAAUUUAGUGAUGAAAUCCAUGUCUUAAAACAGAUUUUCUUGAAUUAUAUGAGUAAUCAAAACCAUUAAGUUUCUUUUGAAAAACCACCUGAACUGUGAAAUAAGCAGUUAUAUGAUACCAAAUCAAAGUUCAUUGUCACAAACUUAAACCAAUUACCUCAUUGAUACUUUAUGCUAGGCUGUGAUGCAAACAUUUAUGAGUACCAGUAUUUUAAUCUGCCUAAAAGAACUUUAAAAAUAUAUAUAUGAUAAUAUUAAGUUAUUUAAAGUGGAAUAGGUUCUACUAAGAUCAAUAUAGCAGGGAUCAUUUGAAUCCUUUACCAUCAGUUUAAUAAAGGUCAGUAAAUUACUGACUGAACCAUGUGUUUUAUUAAACAAUAUAAUUUUGUUGGAAUUUUAAAGAUUGCUUUUGUUCAUGUUAUAAAGUUUUAUAUAUAAGUUUUUUUUACACAAAUAUUUAUUUAUUUAUUUUAAUCUGUAUCAGUUACUGUAAUCCAACCUACUGUUGUGCUAGUUGAACAUAUAAUGUCCUGAAUAUGUCAAACUUGAAUCUUCUUUGUUUUAAACAUUAUUGAGUUGGAAAAUUCAAAGUCAGCUAGAAAGGGGCUUAUCAUGAAAAAAAUAUCCAUCAAAAUAAUUCUGUUUACAGUAUUUAAAUCAAUUUUCUAAAUAUAUUUAUUCAUCACUUAAAUGAAAAGUUUUAGUUUUACGUCUCACAUGGAUAGAUAUAUUCAGUGUUUUGCUUCUCUUCCUGACACAUAAAGAUGAAAAAUGUAUGGCAAGAUUGAAAUAUCAGAACAGCAUUAAGGUUUCAGAAAAGGAACAGAAAAUCCUACAAUAGUAUCAUUGUUAGGGAAACUAGGUUUAUUGACCAAUGAAUCUACUUUGUAAUAUUCCAAGGAAAAAUAACAACAUCGUCAUGAAAUGUAUUUUGACAUAAUAAAUAAUUGAAAAAUGAACUAAUUUGGCAUUAUUUAUAUAUAUAUUUGCAAGGUUUUCUAUUCUACUUUUAUUUUUCUCUUAUUUACGAAGGAGUAUCAAAAUGAUAAUAAUUGGGAAAAUUUACGCUUCAAACAGGAAAAAGAAAUGAUGUGUAGAACAAAGCCUAGCUAGAUCUAAUUAAUCUAUCAAAAUAUCUUGAUGUUUUCACUUAAAUGUUUAUUGUAGUGUAACAAUUAUUAUUAUUUUGUUGUUUGCAGUAUAUUAUGGUUAUGGCAUUAUAAUGUAAAAUAUAUAGAUUAUAUUGCACAUUAAUUUGUAUUUGUUAUAGAAAUGUUAGAAUGAUAUGUCUUAGUUAAAAUUUCAUUUAAAGUAUUAUUAAUUAAAUCAUUAUAAUCAAUAUACAUGUACUAACAUGACUAUUAUAAUUGUCUGAUAUAUAUAUAUAUAUUUGUAUUGAGUUCAAUUUUGAUUUUAGCUAUUGAAAACAGACAAUAUAAGGCAUUAAGUGAAUAUGUCUGUUCUAAAAAUAGCCAUUAAAGGGAUUAUUAAAAUGAAGUAAUCUUUGUAUUUGAACCAACUAGAAUUAUGGACAAAAUAAGAUAUCCUCAUUUCCAAAUUUUGUCUUCCAUUGCCAAUAAAUACAGUGCAAUGUUUAACUUUUAGUUUCCAAUGUAAAGUGAAUGCUAUCUUUACCCUUCAGUGCUCAUAAGCAUUUGAUUUCCAAAUAUCUUCAACUUCUUUUAUAUUUAUAUUGUAAAGUCUAGUGUUUUUCAUGAUUCAAUUCCAUAAUGUCAUUAAUUAUUUUUUAUAUAGACUGCUUUCUGUUAAUUAAAAAUAUCUCAUGCGAAAUUAUGUCGCAGUUGAGUAUACAAAUAUUUCAGUUUUGAGCAUCUCAUACAUUUUCAAUGAAAUAGCAUAGGGUAAGAUGUUAAUAUUUUGCCUUCAAAAAGUCAGUGAAAUGAAUAAAGUAAUGAUAGAUAUCAAAAUAUCUAGUAACAACAUUGUCUGAGAUCAUAUUUGAUACACAUUAUAUAUUGUAGAUUCAUGUAGUUGAAAUAAAUUUAGGAAAUUUAGAAAGAAUUAGAAUAGGUUUUGUAAAAAGGGAUCUGUGUAUACAAUUAAUCUAAACUAUUGAAAGAUAUAUCAAAAUAUUGAAAGAAACGUUACUACACAACAUAUGGUGGCAGAUUAAGACUAUUUCUUGUGUCAUACAUGAUAUUUUCUACACCUUUUACUCAUUGUGCAAUAUUUUGUAUAUUUUUGUUCUGUCCCUUAUAUGAAUUUCAAAUUUCUUUCUUACAUGUCAUUAUGUCAUUAUUGUUGCCAAUUGUAGUAGAUAUUUGCAUUAAGUUAAAACUUUAUUGUUAAUGAUUGUUUAAUGCAUAUUUUAUUUGCAGUAUAAUAUAAGUUAUUUCAUGCUUA